AUGGCAGAUCUGGCAUUGUUAGAGGACAUGGAUGCAGCAGUACGCACGGAAAGAGUCUUCCGCGACAGGGUAGAUCUCCUGAGCGAGUCUGAUGACUGGCUCCUGAGCCGCUUUUGCCUCCCCAGACACGUCCUCCUGGAGCUAUGCACAUCAUUGGAACCGCGUCUACAACGGGAAACGCGACGUACCUGUGCCAUACCUGUGUCGCUCCAGGUCCUGUCAACCUUAGGUUUCCUGGCAACAGGCGUGUUUCAGCGGGAAAUAGCCAACAGGUCUGGGAUUACGCAGUCCACCAUGAGCCGCAUCCUGCCACACGUGUUGGCAGGGAUACGGGAUCUCGCUCCAUGUUACAUCAGAUUCCCUUACAACAAUGCCGAGCAGGCAGUGAUAAAGAGGGACUUCCAUGAGCUUGCCGACUUUCCAAAUGUAAUAGGGGCAAUUGACUGCACGCAUGUGCGUCUGAGACCACCCUCAGUCAAUGAUUAUGCAUAUGUGAACAGAAAGAAUUAUCAUUCAAUCAAUGUGCAGCUCAUCUGUGAUGCCCAUAUGCGUCUCGUUAACGUUGUUGCGCGGUGGCUGGGGAGCACCCAUGACGCAUACAUAUUCCAACACAGCAGUGUGGCAAGAGGACUGCAGGAUGGCAUGGCGCACGGCUUUCUCCUGGCGCAGGAGCAGCGCUUUAACCUGGCACACACAAAAACCCAUGUGGUUGUGGAGCGCUGUGCAGGCCUGCUGAAGGGCAGGUGGAUGUGUCUCGGGCAUGCAGGAGGAACACUCCUGUACACACCAGAGAAGGUCUGUCGUAUAAUUCUGGCCUGCUCGGUGCUGCACAAUAUUGCAUUGGAAAACCAUGUGCCUUAUGGAGAGGGGAUCCCCAAUGGCCGCAUCGAGCAGGAUCCAUGGCCAAUUCCACCUGCAGCUCGGGCCAUUCAAUUAAGGCAGGAGCUCAUCCAUCAUUACUGA